CUCAAUCACCAUCCGUCUAUCAAUCUCUCUCGUUAGCUGCAUUCUUGGUCGAUCGUGAGCUAGGGAUCGAGCAAAGCACGCGCUUCUCUCGAUCCGUGCAUCCACACCGAUCGGUCGCUCGAUCGAGGCGGCGACGCCGGAGAUUCUUACUCCUGGCACGAUAUCUGGAUCGAUUCUCUCCAUCGGCUGCUCGAUCGAUCGAAUCUCGCGAUCUUUCCUCCUCCUUGCGCCAGCGGUGCCCCGAUUCUUCUCUCUUCUCUCCAUCAAAAUGCCGAUUACGACGCGCUCCACCAUGCCUAGCAGCACGCCAGCGGCCGAGUUCUUCGCGGCCUACCUCCAGGACUCCGUCACGCAGAAGCUCGAUCUCAAUGCCUUCGUGUGGCCCGAGGGACUCCGCCCCGAGACGAGCAGCGGCGGCCAAUUCAGCAACGACGUCCCGGAGAUCGACAUCUCGGCCGCAAUGCUGGCCAAGAACGAGGGCGUCCGCGCCGCCGUGGCCGCCAAGAUCUCCAAGGCGGCCAAGGAGUGGGGAUUCUUCCGCAUUGUCAACCACGGCCUCCCGCCGGAUAUGAUGAGCCGGGCCGAGCGCCAGGCGCACAAGUUCUUCGCGCUCCAGCUGGAUCAGAAGAUGAGGGCCGCCGGGAGCUCCUCCAACCCUUUCGGCUACGCGGCCGCCGGCCCCAGCCGCGCCAUCAUGCGCUCCUGGCACGAGACGCUCUACAUGCUGUGCAAUCACGCCCGGAUCGAUAAUCUCGCCAACAAGGUCUGGCCUUCCGCCAAGGAGGCGUCGGAUCGCAAGGAGUUUUGCAUGGCUCUAUCCGAUUACACCACCGCCAUGAACAAGCUUGGGCUCCAGCUCCUGGAGCUCCUCCUCCAGGGGCUGGGCGUGGAUCGCAACAAGCUCACACGGCACUACUCUGUAGAGGGCUCCUCGUCCGCCCGGAUCAACUUCUAUCCGCCAUGCCCAAAGCCCGACGUCACAUUCGGCCUCCCUCCACACACCGACUCGGGCACUCUCACCAUCCUCCACCAGGACGCGGUGGGCGGUCUCCAAGUCUGCCGCAAUGGCAAGUGGAUUGGCGUCCAGCCCAAGCCCAAUUCCUUCAUCGUCAACAUUGGCGACUGCCUCCAGGUGUGGAGCAACAACAUCUACAAGAGCGUCGAGCAUCGCGCGCUGGUCAACAGCUCCAGGGCCCGCAUGUCUCUGGCAUUUUUCUACAAUCCCACCGAUGACACCAUUGUUGCUCCGAUCAAGGAGCUGACCAGCGCCAAAACUCCCGCCGUCUACAAGCCAUUCAGCUGGGCCGAGUAUCGGCUCUAUGCGGGAACACACAAGAGCAAAGUUUUGAACGCCAUUGACCAUUUCAAAGUCCGUCAAUGAGGCGGACCAACGGCUGGGAUUGGAUCUCUUCAUCUGAUCCCACGAACACGAAAAGCUGUAGAGGCAAAAAGAAUUUUGCAACUUUUACUAAUAAAAACUGAUCGUCUGAU